UCUACUUUACAGACGAAGUAGAGUAUAUAUAUUAUACUAGUUUACGUGUAUAUAAGUUAAGUCUUGAGAAAAUUGCUUAUUACGUGAAAGAAACAAGGCCUGGCAGGUUAUCUCUCGAGGAGCUGCACCUGAUAACAUCGUUAACAACUGCCAUAUAGUGUAAAUACUAUGGGUCUAUAUUGCAAGAUCUUUAAAGACUAGUAAUUUGUUAUGAAUAAAGGGAAGAUAAGAAUAACGUAAGAAAUAAAAUAAAGAGCCUCACACGAAUUAUUAUAUAUAUAUUUUUUUUUAUCUCAUGUAUAUUCAUAUAAUUCCCAGAGACGUAUUUCCAAGACUAGUUACGAUUAAGGUCAAGUUGCCAUUUAUUAUUUUAACCAGGAUUUUAUUUUGAGGUCUUGAGAGCCCAUUAUAUCAGGAUAUUAAUUACAUAUUUAAGACACCAGGAAGACCUAAAGUUAUAUAGAAAAGCCUUUACAGAAACAAUAAAUAUUAAACUAGGCACGGAAAAACUUGUAUCUCUGCUGACUCACGUGAGGCAGUGAGGACCAGGCAACACAGCGACACGAACACACCCAGCCCAGCGCCGAUAGCGUCGGUUUAGAAGGCCCGGGCGAAGCUAGAACUUCGCAAACCAUAAACAAGAAGAUAGCGUCGACACCUCCCUCUGAAAAGUCCAGAGAGAUGAGCAGCGGCGACGAUGCAGCGCGAGCCGAAGCCCAGCCGAAUGACGGGCGCGAUGGCGGGAACCAAGGCUUGGCCGACACGACGGAGAACACGAGCGCGGAGGCGGAGGAACCUGCGAAGGCGGAGGAAGUUGCGAAGAACGGUUUUAGGGGGCGUCCUACCGCAUACACGGAGGUGGACGGACUCAGUGAACGUUACCCAAUGAACCAUCGGCCUCGGGGCUCUGCUCUCAUCUUCGCUCAUUCCAAGUUCGAUAAUAAAAGUCUCAACCCGCGACCCUGUGCCGCCCACGACGCCGAGAUCGCGAGAGCCGCCUUCAAGGCCCUCGACUUCAAGCCUGAGGUGUUCUUCGACCUCACGAGGAACGAGCUCUUGAGGGAGCUGCAGGCAGUUUCUAAGCGCGACCACAGCGGCUCCGACGCCUUUGCAAUAGUGUUCAUGAGCCAUGGCGAAGUAAAAACCAGGAAUAACAUGGAAUUCGUGUGGGCCAAAGACGACAAGAUUCCUACCAAAGAACUGUGGAUAAACUUCACGGCUGAACGGUGUGCAGGUCUAGCCGGUAAACCUAAGCUGUACUUCAUUCAGGCAUGCAGGGGCCCCGACGUAGAUAAGGGCGUGAACAUGUCUCGGGCAGUGCGUGGCAUGGCGGUUCAGACGGACAGCAUUGAGGAGUACGUCAUUCCCAUCCAUGCUGACCAGCUUGUUAUGUGGGCUUCCUACCCAGGCUUUCCAGCUUUCACGAGUAAACGCAAGGGAAUCCAAGGGAGUGUCUUCAUCCACUACCUGGCCGAGAACCUCAAGGAUUAUGCCAACACUUCUCCACGACCAAGUCUGUCUUCCAUACUUCUCAAAGUCAGCAGGGAAGUGGCAGUCCUCUACGAAACCGAUAUUGGUUCCGAUAACCAAUAUCACGAAAAUAAACAAGUUCCUUACAUCCACUCGACGCUGCUUCGUGAGAUUUACUUCUAAGGGUAUGCGAGUGCGAGGCAUUCGGCAAUACUCUGUCGGUCUGUGUUUUUCUUCACCUUUUCAGUGAUUUUUAAAGGAUCGAUAGUCUCUGCUUCUUUGGUUUCUGAUUGUUCGAUACUUGUUCUAACAUUUGAAAGAAAUUUCAGUCAUUUCAUUGUUGUCAUCGAGGUUCUUGUCAGUACUAUAAUAUUAGCUACCAAAUAAAUAAGACUUGAUCUAUAUUUUUUUCUUGUGAUCAAAAACAGCAUUUAUCUUAAUUUACUAAAUUUCGCUCAUAUUACAAGGUUGCUAAUAGUACGAAUUCAGACUACUGAAGAGUAUCAGAUCAGCCCAAAAACAAAAGUUUUGAAAUGAAAAUCAGAUGAUUUACUUGAGACGCUUCAGUUGGUAAUGUCGAUGACCAUUUCUUGUCCAUUUUAUCCACUUAUUGUGGGGAAGAUUGCCAACGUCUACAUUUCACAUCAAGUAAUAGAUUAGCUCUCCAUCUCCAGGCUCUUAUAUAUGACCUCACGCUGCUGCCUCACACACACACACACACACACACACACACACACACACACACACACACACACACACACACACACACACACACACACACACACACACACACACG